AACACACACACACACUCUCUCUCUCAUAUUUAAGCCUCUGCCUGCAGAGCCAAAAGGAAAGAAAAAAGAAAGAAAAGAGAGAGAGAGGGGCUAAAGCAGAAAGAAAGAAGAAGCUGUUUGUUUUUCCCACUUUUUAGCUCGUGUGACUCACGAGACUCACAAAAAGAAGAGCAGAGGCUAAGAAAGAGGGGAAGGGGGAAGGAGGAAGAAGAAGAAGAAGAAGGGUCACAAGAAAGAAAGAGAAGGCAAUAAAUAAAAAGGAAGAAAUAAUGGAGGAGAGCCCAAGGAAGAAAAGUGGAGCGGGGCAGGUGCUGGACGGUUCGAAUAUAAUGGAGUUGGUUGGGAACAAGGAGGUGUUCAGUAGUUUUGUGGAGCAUAAGUUUAAGGAGCUGGAUAGAGACAGAGAUGGUGAGCUAUCUGUGAAGGAGCUUCAGCCUGCUGUUGCUGAUAUUGGCGCUGCUCUUGGCUUGCCUGCUCAGGGCUCUUCCCCUGACUCUGAUCACAUCUAUUCUGAGGUGUUGAAUGAGUUCACUCAUGGAAAACAACAAAAAGUGAGCAAGACUGAGUUCAAAGAGGUUCUUUCAGAUAUUCUGUUAGGCAUGGCUGCUGGUUUGAAGCGAGACCCUAUUGUGAUCCUCCGUAUUGAUGGAGAAGAUCUCGAAGAAUUCAUCAAUGGGCCAACUUUUGAACCAGAGAUGGUAGCCUUGUAUUCUGAGAUAAAGUCAGCUGAUGGAAGUGGAAGCCUCCGUGACUAUAUAGCCAAGGCUUUGGCAAAACUCACCGUUGAGCAAGGGAUGCCCCCUUCAUCAGAUCCUUGGGUUAUUAGCAAUAUCGUGGAACCUGCUCUGCAAUCAUGCACUGGCCAUGAUUUGGACAAGCCUGUAUCUCAAGAAACUUUCAUAGAGGAGUUUAAGAAAGUGGCAGAAACCGUGGCUCAACACCUUAAGGAGCAGCAUGUGAUUGUAGCCCACAGUGAAAAUGACUUUGAUGGAAGUGGCAUUAAGAGACUGUUGUCCAACAAGUUUGAAUUAGACAAGACACUGAAUACAGCUAUUGAAAAUGUGUCAAAAGAUCGCAGUGGGAAACUGUCCAAGGAAUAUUUGCGUGUGGCGCUGGAUGCAGUGGGUCCAACCGCUGGUCUGCCACCACUUGGUGCAGUUGAGCAGAUGGACAAGGUUGUGCAGGACGCGUUCAACUUGGUGAAUGCAGAAGAUGGAAAGCUGCUCAAAGAAGACGAGUUCAAAAAGAUAUUGACUGAAAUCCUGGGGAGCAUCAUGUUGCAAUUGGAGGGAAAUCCUAUCUCAGUUUACUCAAAUUCGGUUGUGCAUGAGCCCCUUGCCUCCUCUUCUACACUAUUGCAGCCAUCUUCCGAGUUAUAGAGCAUAGCUCUUGUGGAUAUAUCGAGCGUAACAAAGAUAAAACUGGCAAUAAAAUUUUGAUGAAGAAAAUGAUCACUACCACAAGUUUGUGUGUUGCUUAGUUAUUGUAAUCGUGCUAAUGAAAUGCUCUUAAUGUGCAAAUUUAGAUAGAGAUGGUGCCAAGAUAUAUCAAUGUCCACUACUCUCUCUGUUAUGACUGAUUUCUGUUUGAUGCAUCAAGGGUUUGAGCUAAUCGUAAAAUUGUUACUGAAGCAAAUGGAUCCAGGAUUUGUCAAGGUGUUCAUGGUGACUCUACUUGGUGCAAUUGGUCUCUGCUGGAUAUAAAAGAAAGCUUGUGUUAAUUUCUUGGCCACAAUCUUUCAAAUAUACCAUUUUUAUCUUA